AAAAUGAUUUCAAUAAUUAGUAUUAACAACGAAAACAUCAAUAAUAAGUCAUCAAUAGUUACAACAAGUGAUAAUCAAUCCCAACAACAAAAAUCAAUGGAAAUGUUGGUUAACGUCAAACAACAACAACAACAACAACAAAAUAAUAAUAAUACUAAUCAUUAUAAUAAUAUACAUCACUAUAAUAAUAAUAAUAAUAUGAAUAAUAAUAAUAGUAAUAAUGAUAGUAAUGCUAAAUAUGCAAAAUGUGUACUACCUGUCCAUCAUUUGCAUAAUAAUAAUACUAAUAGUGAUGAAGUAGUGCCAGACAUAACUAAAAUGGUGCAUGGUCAAUUGCUGGCGCCUACUACUACUACUACUACUACUACCGGUGCUCUAGCGGCUACUGGUGCCGAUACCGUAGACGCCGAGGACGCUGCCGAUGAAAUCGACAUCGAAGACGAAGGUUUCAAUGAGGACUCGGCUUCGUCUAUCAAUAGUAAUAAUAGUUCACUACAUACGGUAUCGACAACAAUACGGGUACCGGUUGGCCAGCAUCUGUCGGUGUCGACCAUUUCUACUGGCGCCACCGCCACCAACGGUAGCAGCAAUACUAGCAGCGGUACCAGCAGUCCAAUCAGUACGGCUACACUGUCACCGCAAUAUUCGCCAAAAACGACAGCAACAGCAGCCGAUAGUACCGGACAGGUAGUUAUUGCAGUCAGUGGUGGCGGCGGCAUACUAUCGGGAGGACAGUCGCCGGGAACUGUAGCUGUCAAUGGCGAUGAUAAUGAUGGUCUACUAGCUAUUAGUUCGGUUCGCUCUCGUAUUGCCUCAUAUAAAGAGUUGUGCAAAAUUGCGAAUACAUCGAAAGCCGAUAUUAAGAGAGACUAUGAAAAAGAGGAACAAAAUUUAUGUGUUUUAUAUACAACAUCAAUGGGUAUUAUACGACAUACCUAUGAAAAGUGUCGUCAAUUAAGAGCUAUCCUAACACAACAUUUGAUACGAUUUGACGAAAGAGAUAUCUAUAUUAAUCCACACUUUAAACAGGAGCUAACUGAGCGCAUAGGCGAUCAUUAUGAGCUACCUGUGCUCUAUAUCAGUGGCAAAAGUAUUGGGAACCUGGAGGUCGUCGAGCGUCUCAAUGAGUGCGGACAGUUGGCCGCCCUAUUGGCCGACUUUAAGCUAACGGCAAAUGUGCUAAACGUGUGCAAGUGUUGCGGUGGCACUAAAUUUAUACCCUGUCAGGUAUGCAAUGGGUCGACCAAAUCGGCUGUCCAUCAUUUUGUUAGCGAUUCAAUAUCAUUGAAGUGUUCACAAUGUCGGCGCACUGGACUACAAAAGUGUCCCAAAUGUUAUUCAGACAGUGAUAAUAAUUUAACAAAUAAUGAUAAUAAUAAUACAGAUAUUACUACUACUACUACUACUACUACUACUACUACUACUAAAAAUAAUCAAAAAUUAUAAAUACAAUAUAU